CUGUUUCUCGCUAGCUGUGCGGACGGACUUACGGACAGAUCAUCAACCAGUCAAAGUACCGCAAUGGAUCGCAGAUCGAACAGAGCCAGCUCGACACGCAGCACCGUAACCAAAGUGUUCGCGUUGCUUCUCGUCAUAUGUCUUGCAGAAUGUGCUACAGGAUCCUGCCUAAGCUACGGUCAUUCCUGCUGGGGAGCUCAUGGCAAGAGGUCCGGCAAACCUCCAGCGUCGGCCCCUGAUUGGUACCUCACCAGGUUGCUGCGACGCAUGGCUGCCAAUGCAGAACUGAAUCACGUGAACCAGUUGACUAAGAAUGACGACAUCGACGCCAUCUUCCAAAUGAACAUGCCAGACGAAUCGAACGCGGCUAGCAAACUGAUGCUUGACAAUGACGACGGGCCUGUGGAACUACCUUUUAGCCGAAAUAUGGAAGCUAAGCCCAUGCUGGACGAGGACCUGUUAUCUAAGAUGAAAAUGUGGCAAAUGAUGAGAGAAUCGCCUGAAGACAAGUAAAUUAAUUAAACAAAAAACAAAUUAUACCAAAGAUUGACUGACGUUAUUAAUUUCAAAAUUUGUUUUCUUAUAUUUAUAUAAUUCUUAUUAUAUUAUAUAAUAAUUAUAAUUAUGAAUUGAAAAUAUUUC